CACUUUGAAACGGGGCAUGACUUUGUUUACAAAUGAAGCAGUUGCAGUUUGAUCUUGUCCUGUAGUGCAAUUGGCAUGGAGAAAUAGGCCUUUACUUAGCUAGUGGUUCAAGUGUCACAAGAAAUGAUAUCUGAAUUGCUAACAGCUAAAAGACGAAGGUGGUAUGUUGAAGUAAUAUGCACGAGUGUGUACGAAAGUGCAACAUAAGCAUGAAACUGCAGAAUGCGCACCUUAGCCGGUUUUAAGGGGACGUGCUAUGAACAAUGAACAUUGCAGAUAAUUAUUUUAUUUGAUGCAGCGAGAUUUAAUGUUUCAGUUGCUUGAUGACACGACCUCUUGACGAGUCUAUUCCUAUACAAAAACUACUUAAUAAUGAGACGAGUUCCUUGCGACAUCCUAUUGCCAAUAUUAGGGACACCGAAGUGGUACUUCUCUCCCCAGAUUCUGUCAGACUGAUUGGUAUUGGUUCUGCCAAUAGUGUUUUGAAGGAAGAGGAUCAUAGCAAUGUUGUUGUUGAAGAUAAGAAGAGAGAUAGAGCAGAAGCGGAAAGUAUUUUCACAAAGAAAGAAAACUUUGUUGAUGAGGCAAAACUAUUAAGCAAAAAAUGUAAGGUAGAAUUGGAAAGGGAAAGUGAAAAGGAAGAUAAUGAAGAUAAUGAAGGUAUCAAAGUAAGUGAAAGUCAGGCAACAGAAUAUGGCAGUAAAGCAGAUGUUAAUGAAGUAAUUGAAAUCGAUGAUGAAAACAUUGAUGAAAAAAGUAAAAGUACGGAAGGGCGUAGUGUACGCUGCUUCAUGAAGUCAAAAAACUUCAAUUUCUUGGUUAUUAUUAAAAAUGCUGCUUUAGUUGCUAUUGGAAAUACAAAUAUCAACUUCUUCAACCACGAAACGGAGGUUCAGGCCCGUAAAGAUCUUAUCGUUGAAAGAGACAGCAUCUUAAAGACUGUCAUCACAAACGAUCCCCAGAUGUUCCCUGAUGCACUGCGUAGGCAAGGUUCUUGUUGUGGUGCUCGCUAUGACAAACUCAUGCAACAAAUGAGGUAUUUCCAAGACACUGGCCAAGGUAAUACACUAUUACGAUACAGUGAAAAGCUGAUCAAAGGAUUUGAAGCCAAAGGGGAGAUUGAUCUCCAAGUUGUGUUGCUGAUUCAGCGAUCUGUGCUGUAUAUUUACAGGAAUGACCUUGGCGCAGCAAGGAGAGAGCUCGCAAUGGCUUUGAAAUUUGUAUCCAAGGCACAUAACAACCAGUUAUUAGUUGGCCGGUGUUUGACCUACCUAGGCAACAUAUCACUGUAUGAAAAAGACUACGUGAAGGCUUUGGAGUACCUGGAUGAGGCUAUGUCAGUUUUGGCUUUUCAUGUUUCAAACGAGGAUAAGGCCCUUGUUGCGUAUCUGAAUGGGUGCGUUUUGAUGGGGAUGGCUGCGGAGCUUGAUGUGCCAUCAGAAAGCCUCGAAUCGAAAGCUAUUGAUUGUUUUGAUAUCGAGAUUAAGCAUGCAGUAGAGGAUCCCGAUACCACAGCCAUGGAGAAAAAACGACAGUUUGCAACUUUGAAGAAAAUAAACGUUCUUUUACGCUCCUAUUUUCCUGUUGGAUUUAAUGGGGAUGUCCCUCAAAAGAACAUAGAAAAAGCAAAGGCAUUGUUGGAUUUAUUUGAGUUGAAAUGUUGGCGAGAUGCAUCGGAUGCUGCGAAAGCUCAUUUCUAUGCUGCGCAGGCAGACUAUUUCAAUUGCAUGCAACAACCACAUCGAGCGUUGGAUAUCGUAAAGAUCCAAGGAGCAAAAACUGCAUACAAGAUAGGACACGAGCCUCUGCUUCAAAUGAUAGACAGUCGCAUCCAAAUGUAUACGAGGCUUGCAUCGCUGCUUAAACAGGACGUUACUUUACUGAAUGACGUCUCCGAUGAAUCCAUUGAGAGGCUCCUAGAAGAUAGCCCAUGAUCAAAACUUUUAUUUUGCUUUGGAUGUUUGUCUAACUGUAUUUGUGAUUCUAUGAUUAUUUCGUAAUUCUGAAAGCAGAUUAUUAACACGACGCAUUUCAAUUUAAAUAGUAGUGAUAAACUUUCAUGCUUAAUUUAUUUAAUAUAUUUUUAUAUAGGUUAUUGUUCAAUGUAUUUAAGUGCAUCUACCAGUUCCUCGAAAAUAUAUGUCUAUCAAGUUUUCUAAUUUCAAAAAUUUUCUAUUUCUUAAUAUCAACUUAUUAAGGAGAAAUCUCUAAGUUAUUUUGUCUUUCAAAAAUGUGGGGUCAAGACACCUACAUCGAAGCAGGCACCGUGCAGCCAAUGGGCUGGCAGGGGCAGUGGCGGACAUCUGGGGGGCAAAGGGGCGACCGCCCUCCAAUACUUUUGAGGACAAUGGUCUUUUGUUCUAAAGCAAUAGGAAUUGUGACGUCAUCUUAUUUAAACAAUAGGCCUGCCCUCCUCAAUAUUUGACCAAGUGUCCACCCUGAGCUAUAACUCCCCACUUUUUGACAAUAAUAGCUUAGAAAAUUUAGCAUACUUUUAUGACUGGAAAUCUUUUUUGUUCAUAUUCUAGGUGUUUUGUCUUGUUUAAUGGCAUGAAGCAUUUUGUAACUUGGUUAGCUUGGUGUUUCUUAUCCUUAAGCUAAUUUAUCUCAUUUUAUAGUUAUUGAUAUUUCUCCCAGCCACACUGUUUAUAAAAAGAUGUGGCCUUAAAGAACUUUCAGUCACGCCCUUUCCAGCCCCACCUCCAUCCCCCCCUCCCCACUUCUAGACUGGUUCGCGGUGCCUGCGUCGAAGGGUGUAACUGCUUGCAAAAAGCGUUAUAUCUGAAUAAUAAAGCGUUAUAAACUUAUUAUACUCCAUGGUUAAUCCCCCUCCCCUCUCGAAGCCGUUCUGCUAUGACGAGGAAUCAUAUCUCGGUCUUGGUUUACCAGUAUUCUUGUAUUCUACUAUUCAGCCAUUGCACGAAUGCUCAAACUGAAUUGUGGUUUGGCCACCUGUCAAAUAUUCGUUUCUGCUACGUUUUCUAUGACAAUG